CUUCAUUUCGUUUAGUAACUUCUGCUCAACAGGAGUCAUGAGUAGCAUUAAGCAUCCCACCUUGCUUCAACAUCUCCUCUUCUUCUUCUUCCUCCUAGUCCUCGGUCUUUCAGAGCUUGCUACCGGGCAACAAGACCAAUUCGUCUACUCCGGCUUCGCAGACACCAACCUCACCCUCGACGGCGUCGCCACCAUCACUCCAGACGGCCUGCUUGAGCUGACCAACGGCACCUUCCGGCUCAGAGGUCAUGCUUUCCACCCGACUCCAUUUUACUUCGGGAAGACACCCAACGGGACAGCAGUUCAGGCGCCUCGGUCCUUCGCUGUCUCCUAUGUGUUUGCCAUCUACUGCGUCCAGGCCCAGACCUGCGGCCACGGCAUGGCCUCUGUCGUCGCCGCGAGCAGCAACUUCUCUGACACCAUGCCCACACAAUACCUGGGGCUCAUCAACGACCACAACAACGGCGAUCCAGCCAACCGCUUCUUCGCCGUCGAGCUCGACACCAACUGGAAUGACGAGUUCAAGGACAUCAACAACAACAAUGUCGGGAUCGACAUCAACGACCUCGUCUCCGUCAACUCCAGCAGCGCCGGCUAUUACGAUGACAGCAACGAGGGUAACUUCCAAAACCUGACGCUCGCGAGCUAUGAAAUGAUGCAGGUGUGGGUGGAGUAUGAUGGAGGACGCAGGCAGAUCAGUGUGAGCUUGGCUCCCAUAAACAUGGCCAAACCCACAAAACCACUGCUCUCCACCAGCUACAACCUCUCAACGGUGCUCCCAGAUAUGGUUUAUGUCGGCUUCUCUGCCUCAACGGGCUCAUUCGACUCGCGCCAGUAUGUGCUUGGUUGGAGCUUCGGCAUCAACAGGCCUGCUCCAGCAAUUGACAUCACCAAGCUGCCCAAGCUGCCCAAGCCGCCUCGUCAAGGCCCCAAGCCUAGAUCCAAGGUACUGGAAAUCGUACUGCCAAUAGUUUCCGCAGCAUUUGUUCUUGCUGUGGGCGCCACUGUCAUUCUCCUUGUCCGAAGGCGACUACGGUAUGCCGAGCUUAGAGAAGAUUGGGAAACUGAAUUUGGGCCCCAUAGGUUUUCAUACAAGGACUUGUUUCACGCCACCAAGGGAUUUAAGAACAAGAAUCUAUUGGGAUUUGGAGGAUUUGGAAAGGUGUACAAGGGUGUGCUUCCAAAGUCUAAAAUGAAGAUCGCUGUGAAAAGGAUCUCCCAUGACUCUAAGCAGGGGAUGAAGGAAUUUGGGGCCAAUAGCUCGUGUGCGACGUCUUUCCUGGGAAUUGGAUGGAAUGAGACGUUGUUCGACAGAAUGGCGCGGCAGCGACACUUUUGAGCGAGUAAAUAGCUCCUGUGCGACAUGGUCCUUAAGCUGAACUGAUAUCCUCAUUAGCUGUUAUGGGUUGGACCCACAACGUAUCCA